GAAGUGAAACCUGUAAAGUAAAAAAAAAAAAGACAGGGAAAGAGAGAAGUCAAAAAAAGAAAGUCUUUGUAUUUUCUUGUUCUUCUUUCCCGUUCCCGCUCGCUAUUUGCACUUUCCAGAUUAUUCAGAGUCUCAUUCUUUUUUUUAACUCUCACUGACAUUAACACCAGAACUGGAACGAGAUUAAAUCAGAUAGUGCAAAAUCGUAUAGCUUGAUUUAGAGGCUGGAGCCGAAGAAGAAAAAGAUAAUCUAUGGGGGAAGGCGCAGGAAGAGGUUUGGAAUGCCAGAAGAUUAUGGAUGGGAAGGUGAAUAAUGGGAAUGGUUCAGAGAAGGCUAUCCCUUCUUGUUGCUUGAAGGCUAGGGCUUCAGCUCCUGAGCUUGAGGCAAAAUGCCAUUCUACUGUUGUUUCUGGGUGGUUCUCGGAAUAUCAGUCUUCCUCUGGUCAUUAUCUUGAUAAAGCUGGUAAAAGGGUUUUCUUCAACAAUCCUAUGUGGCCUGGAGAAGCACAUUCUCUGAAAGUUGAAAACAUUUUAUACAGGGGAAAGUCGGAUUAUCAAGAGGUCCUUGUUUUUGAGUCAUCAACCUAUGGGAAAGUGCUUGUUCUUGAUGGUAUAGUUCAGUUGACUGAGAAAGAUGAAUGUGCAUAUCAGGAGAUGAUAGCUCAUCUUCCACUUUGUUCAAUUCGAUCUCCCAAAACUGUUCUAGUUGUUGGAGGUGGUGAUGGUGGGGUACUUAGGGAGAUUGCUCGGCACAGUUCUGUUGAGCGCAUUGAUAUAUGUGAAAUAGAUAAGAUGGUUAUAGAUGUUUCCAAGAAGUUCUUUCCAGAAUUAGCUGUUGGAUUUGAGGACCCUCGUGUUUGUCUUCAUGUUGGCGAUGCUGUUGAGUUUCUUCGUCAUGUUCCAAAAGGAAAGUAUGAUGCAAUCAUUGUUGAUUCAUCAGAUCCUGUAGGUCCUGCUCAAGAGCUUGUAGAGAAACCAUUUUUUGAGACUAUAGCUAGAGCAUUAAGGCCUGGUGGAGUCCUCUGUAACAUGGCAGAGAGUAUGUGGCUUCAUACACACCUAAUUGAAGAUAUGAUCUCUAUUUGCCGUGAAACAUUCAAGGGUUCUGUUCAUUAUGCAUGGGCAAGUGUUCCAACUUAUCCAAGUGGUGUGAUCGGUUUUCUGAUAUGCUCCACAGAAGGGCCACCCGUUGAUUUUGUGAAUCCCAUAAACCCUAUUGAGAAGCUUGACGGAGCUUACCAUCAUAAGAGAGAACUUAGAUUCUACAACUCUGAGAUGCACAGGGCUGCUUUUGCAUUGCCUUCAUUCCUGAAGAGGGAGGUGAGGCUACUAUGCGACUCUGCAACCCCAGCACGAGGAGUCUGUGUGUCCUAAGCAAAUAUGUAGCCAUCUCAAUUGUUAUUUAACUUUAUAAGCUGAAAUACUCCCAUUAGGGAAAUAGAUGGUUAAUAAAUGUUUUUCACUGUAGGUGCAGCUGGAGCCAUUCUAGCAUGCCAGUGUUAUCUCAAUGAAUACUUAGUGUAGGACUUACCACAUGGUUGUUAUGCAGCAAUUUGUUUGCUUGAUGAGAGGUAUUUCAAAUGUCUUCAAGUCAUACUACUCGUAAUCUGGACUUCACGACAGCCAAAACCUGAAAAUUUAGAAGGAAAAAAUGAGACGUUGCUUGUAUGAUAGUUUGAAUCACUGUUAAGAUUAUUUGUAUUUGUCGCAGUUAUCUCCUAAUUUUGCUGUGUAUGUUUAUGCAUCUCCGUGUAUUGGCGGUUCCCCCAGAAAAGAGAGGUUAAGCGAAUGGGUUAGAACGGAGGUGAGGUUGCGCUUGUUGACGCCUUUAUGAACUCUACUGUGGGUUGGCUCUCUGGUAGCUAAAUCAUGGUUCGUGUAUUAAGCGUUUGAGUUAGUAUGGUUUAUAAUCAUGGUUGAUUAUUUAUGUA